AUGGCCGAACCUGGAGCUAGGACGUCGUCGUCGCCGGUGCAGGGGAUGGCCGGAGCUCCGAGGAAUGAUGCCCCGAGGAGUCCGGUCAGGCCCCGGACGUGGGCGGAGGUGGCGAAAGGAGCCCCGGGGCAAUCGGCGUGGACCAAUCAUCGCAUUUCUCCCCGGGAUUUGGAGGUGUUGCAGGAGAGGUUCUCGAAGGUGGUCGAGAUUCCGGAAGAGGAGCUGGAGGAGAUGCGGUCGGAGUGGCGUAGUUCCACGGUCCUGGUGAGGAGCAUGGGGAGGUACAUUCCGGCGGACUGGGUGGCGAAGGAGGUUCGAAGGGCUGGAAAGUUGGACUACGACGUCGGAAGCUUCACGUUGGUAGAUGGUGUCAUCGCUAUCAGAUUCGCCAACGAAUCUGACCGAGAGGCUGCAAUGGCGAACGGCCCAUGGAUGGUGGCCGGUCAACUGCACGCCAUGGAGAGGUGGCGUCCCAACUUUAUUCCGGGCACUGAGGGCGUCGGGCGGGUGGUAGUCUGGAUCCGGCUACCCGGGCUGCCGCUCGACUAUUGGAAGAAGGAGACGAUAUUUAGGAUCGCGGCGCAGGCGGGAAAUCCCCUGGCUUUGGAUGAAUGCACGGAGAAGAGGCGCAGGUUUGGUUUUGCGAGGGUGAAGGUGGUGGUGGAUGCGUCGGCCCCGCUCAAGCCGGGGACGAUGGUGCUAGGGAGAUCCGCGAGCAGAGAGACAAAGUUCUGGCAGGGUUUCGUUUAUGAAAACCUGCCAGCUCCAUGUCCCAAAUGUGGGCGGCUAGGGCACUCUGCGGCGGCAUGUGAGUUUUCUUCUCCGGCGGUGGUGGGUGUGGACCCGAUGACGGAGGCUUCGGGAUCUGACGAGGGUGCAAUGGGGAAGCCUUCCGAGGAUGUCCCGAUUAGUAUGAGGGGGGAUGGAAAGCGAUCUGGGGUGGAAGGCCCCUAUGGACCAUGGCUAGUGACAAACCGAAUUGGUCCGUUCUCGAGGGCUUCUCGGAAGAAGGAGGCGCCCGGCAGCAGUGCGAGGAAGAAGCCGGUUAGCUCCCCUCCGAGCCCCGGUACGACUGGAGAUACUCAGGCAACGGCGGCUUCUCCGGUGGACCUUGAUGGUUGGCAGAAACCGUCUAAGGUGGCCCGCCGGAGAACGCCGGAGAAGGACGUUUCGGCGGCGAGCGCGGGCGUGACGAUGGGGGAAACGAGUCAACUCGGCCCGCGAUCCGAGUUGGAAUCCGAGUCAGGGGCUGGGUCUGACUCAAGCUGGUCCGCACCUUAUCAGGGCCGGAGUGAGGUGAGGCCCAGCUCUAGUGAUGGGCUUCGCGCCGAGGUGGGCCGGGCCUGA